CAAAGUGUUCCCGGUUCCCGCCAAGUCCACAUAUAAAUUUUUCAUAAGUUCCAAGUUCGAACUUCGAACAUCGUUUCAUCUUGUUAAUUAAUGAAACAUUUUUUCAAAAAAUGGCCUAUUAUUGAAAGUUGAUUUAUCUACUCUACAGAAAUACUGCACCAAUUGCCGAAUAAACUAUAAUGCUCGUUCAAAACUGAAGUUAUCGUGAUCAACUGAAUACUAGCGAAAACAGCACGAAUGUGCUAUCGCUGGUAAAAUGAGCUCGGGAAAAUCAAAAGCGAAACUAUCAAAACAGUGCGAUACGAACAGACAGACAUCCAUUCGAAGUUUCUUCUCAAGUAAUUUUCGAAAGACGAUCGCCGCCGAAAGUAAUUCAAGAAACGCUCCUUUAUCGAAACCAGUAGGGAAAGCAGUCAUCGAAAAGAAAUAUGAAAAACAGGCUUUGCUGGAAAAUGAAGUAACUGCAUGUAAAAAAAAUACUGAAAACAGCAGACCAGUUUUAUCGACCAACUACAACUGUGUUAGCAGUGGAUCAUCGUUCGAUAAAUCUCAAUCUUGCGUCAGCGCUAGUGAAAAAAGAAAAUACGAAACCGACGACGUUCUUGCCGAUUUACUGGGUGAAUUGGAAAAUUCAUCGCCGGAAGACUACAAUUAUUUACAAUCGCUCGCUCCUUCAAAAAAAAUUGUUAAUACUCCGCGAAAGAGUGAAACUGAACUGGACACAAAACGUCCGAAACUAUCUCCUUCUUUAUUGAAAAAUGAAAUCGCUGAAAUCACGAACGGUACGAAUUCCAGAAACGAACCGUUGCGCGUUAAGGUGAAAGUGAACAAACGUCGUGAAAGUAACAAAAUUCCGCCGGCAAAUUCGCCUGCGAUGAAAAAAUCCUCGGAGCAAAGUCAUUCUGAUUCAGAAGUUCCAAAAUGUCUAGUCGAUAUAGAAAAUUUGGCUGAUUUAUUAAACAGCGAUUGUGACGAUUGGUUAGCUUCGACUUGCGAUUUGAACCUGAACGAAUGGACAUACUGCAAAGUAAAUUCUGUUCAGUAUUCCGCUAUUGGUUUGACCCUGACGUUACAAAAAGCCGCCAAACCGUCCGAGACAGUUGGUUCAUCAACAACCACUUGCGUGCUGAGAGGAUGCUGGUUGGAUACCCCGGUUAAGGAAGGGGACGUUGUUUGCGUGAAAGCUCAUUUUGAUCCGAAAAAUAAUCACUGGCUGGUUAACAACGAGCGAGGCUUCAUCACCGUACAUCCGGAUGUUUUGAUCACAGGCACUGGGAUCGUUGGUUCGUUAUUUUGUCAAAGACGUUCUGUUCUCAGUUACAUUUUUCCCAGCUUCGAUCCACCUAACGUCUCCAUGAUAGUCGGGUCUCUGGUUCACGAGUUGCUGCAAGAGGUUUUAAGAAAAGAAAUCCACACAUUGGAUGGUAUACAACAAGUGGUUGACAAUCUAGUCAGUUCUAAACGCACCUUAUACUCAGCUUACGAAUGUGAUGUUGCUGUAACAGUUAUUAGAUCUCAAUUAGAAGAAUUUUCGCCUAAAAUUUUCUCAUUUGUGAAUACUUAUAUGAAGGGAUCAAAUAGCUCAAACGAUUCGAAAACGUGGUCAGGAGAAAUUCUACAGAUAUUGAGCAUCGAAGAGAAUUUUUGGAUUCCGCAGCUGGGAAUUAAAGGAAAAACUGAUGUCGUUCUAAAAGCUCGAAAAAACGAUAAAAUUAAGAUUUUACCAUUGGAAUUAAAAACUGGUCGAGCGAGCAAUUCUUCGGAACACAGAGGACAAGUCAUACUGUAUUUGAUCAUGAUGAGUGAGAUCGGCACCGACGUUGACGCUGGAUUAUUAUUCUAUCUCAGAGAAAACAAGAUAACUGAAAUAAAUCCUAAACAUGCCGAACGAAGCGGACUAAUGUGUAUGAGAAACGGUUUAGUCAACUACAUUGUUACCAACGAAACACCAAUCCAGAUAUCGGAGACCGAAUUUAAAUUGCCCGAUCUACCGGAGCCGAUCAAUCAUCAUAAUGGUUGCGCUAAAUGUCCAUAUUUAACCGUAUGUUCGGCAUCUCUUAGUAAGCAACAUCGAGAAAGUUUAUCAAAAAGUAAUCCGUUGAACGAAUUGAGCGUUCAAGCAUUAACUCAUUUGACCGAUUCGCACAUCCGCUACGUAUUUUUCUGGCUCGGUUUGCUCAAACUCGAAGAAUGGGAACGAAAGAAAAAUCGAACUUUUGAUAUAUCUGAUUUGUGGCACGUGAAAGUUGCCGAAAGAGAAGCACGCGGAUAUUGCGUGAGCAAUUUACGCUUGCAAAGCGCCGACGUCCUCGGAAGUAGAUUUUUACAUAAGAUGAGACGAAUCUCCAAUGAUGGGGAUGUUAGAGCGCUCAACAAUUGCUCCUUAAUCGAAGGCGAUUACGUAGUUGUUAGCAAAGGACGUAGAUACGCCAUAGCCAGCGGAUACGUUGAUACGAUAGAAGAACGAGAUAUAUUUUUGAAACUUGACAGAAUGUUGGAAAAAGACGACAAGGAGUGUUACGUAGUGGAUAAAUAUUCCAUGUUCGACGGCUUACUAGGAUUUAACACUUCUAGCCUACUUCUGCUAUUCGAAAAUACUGCUCCCGCGUAUAAUCUUCGAUCUGUAAUUAUAGACUCUGUGAUUCCUUCGUUCACUUCUCAAGUGGCUUGUUCUGUUCAAGAUCACAGCAUCUUGCGUACUUUGAACGAAACUCAGAAAAACGCCAUUCUGAAUACUUUACGAGCUGACCAUUACACGCUCAUCAAAGGAAUGCCCGGAACUGGCAAAACAGCGACCGUCGUUGCAUUAGUUAAAUUACUCGUAUCGUUGAAUUACUCCGUACUGAUUACCAGCCAUACGCAUUCGGCUGUCGACAAUAUUUUAUUGCGUUUGAAAGAUAGCGAAGUUGACUUUCUGCGACUUGGGUCCUACGUAAGGGUACACGAUUCGCUGAAGAACUACUGCGAAGAUCACGUGCUGGAAAAACAUAACUUUAAAACUGUUGAAGAUUUGGAGAAUUUCUACAAUAAAAAGCAAGUAAUAGCGGUCACUUGUAUGGGAUGCUCUCACGUGGUAUUCAGAAAACGUCGAUUCGAUUAUUGUAUCGUAGACGAAGCUACUCAAGUUUUACAACCAUCUGUGAUAAAACCAUUAUUCUGUAGUAAAAAAUUUGUUCUAAUUGGUGAUCCGGAUCAACUUCCACCAGUUGUACAGUCGAAAAAAGCUAGUCUUCUAGGUUUAAGCGAGAGUUUAUUUAAAAAAUUGGACAGAUCGCCAGUUACAUCUGUCUUGAAUCUGCAAUAUCGAAUGAACUCGCAAAUAAUGCAACUAGCAAAUUCGUUCGCAUACGAAAACGCGCUAGAAUGCGCCAACGAACUUGUUAGCUCAGCUACUAUCGUUAGCAAUCCGUCCAAAAUAAACAGCCAAGUUCCAGACUGGAUGAAAUUAGUGUUAUCGAACAAUCUGGAUCACUCGAUUAUCUUAUUAGAUACGUCCAAUAUGAAGACAGCUUCUCCGAUAUCCGAAUAUUCCAAUCAGAACGAAGCUGAUAUUACUUUUAGUAUCGUACACAACUUGAACGAGGUUUUCGAUAAGAAUCACGAUGUCGGUAUUAUAGCUCCGUUUCGUGAACAAGUAAAACUUCUUCGUAAUAUGGCUCCAGCGGAGUGUCCUAUUGAAAUUAACACCGUAGAUCAAUACCAAGGCAGAGAUAAAGACGUGAUCAUUUAUUCCUGCACCAAAGCAUCUAGUGCAGCGGAUGUUGGAAUUCUGAGCGAUAAACGACGUCUCACCGUAGCCAUCACUCGAGCUAAACGAAAAUUGAUUUUAAUCGCCAAUGUUACCGUUCUACGAACUUACGCCGUGUUUGACGAAUUAUUCAGUUUUAUUCCGAAGACAAACAUCGUUCAAGUUACUGGCAUGUAGGUUUUUUGUUUUAGUCCAUCGUUUGAAAAAUGAUGCAAGAAAUGACUCACGAAAUGAAUUGCACAGUUGUUGACGUGUAAAUUUGUAUAACAUAUUUUUUUAAAACUUAUAUCACACGAAUCCUCAUUAAUUUCUAUGUACUUUCGUAUUAACCUUGCAAUUUUAUUGUUUGUCAACUUCUUGAAGAACUGGUUAUUUUUUUUUUAAAAUAUAAAUUAAAUUUUCACAUUUUUUGACA